AGCUACUAUAGUUUCUCAUUUUCCCCAAUUCGACUGUUUAAAUCAGAAGCAAUUUGAAAUCAAUGUUAGGGUUCAUAGCCCUCUCCUCCCCAUCCCAACCCAUACGAAAUCCAUUAAUAUCAAGACUUCCCUCCUACGUUCUUCCCAUCCGCAACCUCAAAUUCCAUCUCCGAAACCCAAAUCCUAAAAAAUUAUUCUUUGCCUCGGCACAAAACGGCAAUGAAAAUGAUAAUGGACUAACAUCAGAAAGUAACAUCGAAACCGGCGGCCGAGUUAAUGACGAAAAGGGGAAGGAGAAUAAUGGACGGCCGAGAUUGAAUCUAAAAUGGGUGGAUUUGUUGCUCGACCCUGAUCCGGAUAACCUUGUGGCUGUCGGAUUGACUGGUCUGCUGACCUGGGCCAGUGUUCAGGUUCUGUGGCAGCUGUUCAUCGUAUCAAUAGCCAUAUUGCUUGCUGCUCUCAAAUAUACACUUGUUGCUGCUCUUCUAAUCUUUAUUCUCAUCACUCUCCUCUGAUUAAAUUUAGUAUUCGUUUUGAUUUUUGGUCGAACUGUAUGCAUAUCCGAAUUUUGCAUAGUGUGUUUGAAUCCUGUAUACUAAUUUUCGACGUGAAAAAUGUAUUUUUCAUGAAUCUCUGUAGAGCACUUGAAUGUUCAGAAAUUAUGUUAUAGUCCGGUGUCAUAAAAUUUGCAAUUUAGUAUUAUAAUGAAUUAUGAGGGAAUUGGUGGUUCUAGUGGCCUUAAAUA